AUGCUGGGAAGCCAGGCUGCCCCCACCCACCUUUCCCCAACCCCAACUGCACAAAGAAAGAAAACCCUUAAAACAGAAACACUGCAACUUCCAGCACCCCGCAGUAGCCCACUCCCACCUCAGCUGCGACCCGGCCGCGGGCUCCGUCCCAUCCCUCGCCCCAGCGCGGCCGCCUCAAAGGACCCGGGGGGCCCAGUGGCGACCGCGCUCCUCUCGGCCUCUGCCCCCAGGGUGGAGGAAAGCUGCCCGCGGACUCCAAUCCUUCAUCACGCGACGCCAAUCUCCCUUCCCAGGGGGCACGUGCAGGCCCGAGGCCGCCCCCGCAGCCGGGCCCCCGCCUCCCACCGGCAUCCCCUGCUGCGGAGAAGGGCUCUGCUUUGUCCUGCGCGGGGAAGGGGGAGGAUCAGAGCCAGUGCAGGCCGCGGCCCCCCAGCCCCAGCACCGAGCGCGGCCUACGACGUCUUGAAGGCAGCAAAAACGAAAAAGGCGGAGGAACCACCCCGCCCUGCUGCGGGCUGCUGCGGCGCUGGGCCCCAAGCGGAAGAGGCCCUGCAGCUGCGCCUCCAGGAAAAGGCUCCAGGAACAGGCUCUAGCGGCCCUAGGGGGCGCAUUCUAGACCCUUCGCAGCUGCUGGGGGCCCCGGCUCCGCGGACGGCAGCUGGGGCGGCGCAGGGGCCGCUGCAGCUUUGCACGCGCACCUGUCACCUUGCGCCCCCAGGUUCUUUCCGACUCGGAAUCACAAGGAGGCUGGAAGCUCGAGGCGCGACAUCAGAUGUUGCAGCUACACUUGUGUGUGGAGUCACUAGGAGUCUGGAUCCCUGGGUGCUGAUGGAAAGUCCUUGCAGUGAGCACGUACCCUGGACUUGUGGCUCAUCUCUGGUUGAACAUCCUGAAGAAAGAGAUGGAUACAAAAGAUUUCAAGAAAGAAUUUUAAAUUUGCCUCCAUUGUAAAAGGGACAAUUUUUUCAAAGAAAUAUAUUUUGUAAUGUUUAUUAAUGAUA